AUGUCCAUCUUCUACAAGGGUUCCCUCCUCGGUACCGCCCAAGUCGAGGCAGGCUCUCAGCCCGCCAAGUCCUCCCAGAAGAUCCUCCUCCCAGCUCGCCUCUACGGCCUCCAGAUGGCCCACCACGCCGCUAGCUUUAUUGCCGACGCGGCGAGGCGGGAGAUGGUGCUGGACGCCGCUGUGGAUAUUGUCGGUGCGGCAAGGGUUUUGUGGUGGGACCACAAGUUUAAGAUCCACGUGGAUAGUCACUUGACCGUUGAUCCGGUUUUUCUUGAUGUUAUUGAUCAGGAAAAUAAGUCUGAGAUGGAGAUUAAUCUUCUUCAUACUUAA